GAAGUGACACUUACUCAAUCAAAAGGUUUCUCCUUACUUCUCUCCUGCGCGAAACAAAAGAAGUGAGAGAGAGAGAGAGACACAACACACAAACAACACACAGAGAGUUUAGGUCUGCUUUUGUAAAAUCUCCAUUUCUCUUUGCACUUAAAUCAUUUCUCUUUUCUCUCCCACUCACUCACCACUUCAAUAAAUAAAAAACCCAAAUCUCUCUCUCUCUCUCUCUCUCUUUGCAUAGAUCUGAUUGAUCCUUUUCAAGCUCAAAUUCGUUUUACCCUUUUUCCAAAGAUCCUACCUUUUUUAAUCUCUUCCUCGCAAAGCGUUUCUGCAUCUUGCAUUCGCUAGCCACUCUGAUGCUGCAUGCAGCUCCCAAGACCCUUUCAGAUUGCAUGUUCCCCAACUCCACCUUACUAAAAACCGUUCCUUUCCCCUCCUCCUCGAUUUGAAAAUUCAGAUUAAAAAGUUUCAAUCUUUUUAUCUAUCUGUGUUGUUUAUGGAUUCUCAGAGGGAACUUAAAUCUAAUUCCUUGAAUAGGCAAGGCUCUCUUUACAGCUUAACACUCGACGAGGUCCAAACCCAUUUAGCGGGUUCGGGUAAAGCACUCGGAAGCAUGAACCUUGACGAGCUUCUCAAGAGUGUCUGCUCCGUUGAAGCUAACCAACAGCAGCAGCAGCAGCAGGAGGAUCUCUCUCUCUCUCGUCAGGGGAGUUUGACUUUACCACGAGAUCUCAGCAAGAAGACUGUCGAGGAGGUUUGGAAAGACAUUCAGCACAACAACACUAAUGGAAGUAAUGCUCAGGAGAGGAGAGAUAAUAAUAAGCAGGCUACGUUGGGUGAUAUGACGCUUGAGGACUUGUUGUUGAAAGCAGGGGUUGUGACUGAGACGGUUACUGGUGGUGGUGGUGGUUUAGGGGAAAACAACAUACCUCAGGCUGCUGGUCCGUGGGUUCAGUAUCAUCAGCUUCCGUCGAUGAUGCCACAGGGUCAGUCUUUCAUGCCGUAUCCUCCGGUUGGUGACAUGCAAGGGGCGAUGGUGUCUCAGUCUUCUCUUCUGAUGGGUGGUGAUACGCAAACAACUCCAGGGAGGAAGAGGGUUGCUUCUGGAGAGGUUGUGGAGAAGACUGUUGAGAGGAAGCAGAAGAGGAUGAUUAAGAACCGAGAGUCUGCUGCUCGUUCUCGUGCUAGGAAACAGGUAACUGCAAAUUGCCUUGCUGAAGAUAGAGUGUGUGUUGCCUUUUCUCUUUGGUGUGUCUUAACAUUGGGUGUUGUGAUGAUGAUGGAUGAGCAGGCUUACACUCAGGAGCUAGAGAUCAAAGUUUCACGGUUAGAAGCAGAAAACGAAAGACUCAGGAGGCAAAAGGAGGUAGAGAAGAUACUUCCAAGUGCACCACCGCCUGAUCCCAAGCGGCAGCAGCUCAGACGAACAAGCUCAGCUCCUUUCUGAUCCCAAAAAACUAUGUUUUUUUUUUGUUUGUUUCUGUGCCGGUUUGAUUAUAAAAGAAAAGAGAGGAAGGCAGCUUUUGUUUGUUUGUACAUUCGGUUAGACUUUCUUUUGUCUUGGAGCGAUUCUGUUAACUUUCUUAAAACCAUCAUGAGUUAAUUUUAGUAGCAACAGCAA